AUGUCGCGCGCGCGAGGGAUCGCGCGCGCGACGCGCGGCGGUGAGGUCGCGCGACGCGCCGUCGCGACGACGUCGACGGCGACGGCGACGGCGACGCGGGACGACGACGACGCGACGGGCGAGCGAUUGAAGCGGGCGCUGCGGCGAUGCGACGACGCGUGGGCGCUCGACGGGACGACGCACGGGGCGAGGCUGGCGCUGAUGCCUCGAAGACGGUGCGUGGGGGUGAACGCACACUUUCCGCGAGCGCUGCUGGUGAGAUACGUGCUGGCGAUGGACGGGGAGAAGCGACGAUGGGUGGCGCCGGACGCGCGGGGCGAACGCGAGGGACGAGGCGCGUACGCGAGCGCCGAUCCGCGGGCGCUGGAGAUGGCGAUGAAGAAGAGAGGGUUCGAGAUGGCGUUCAAAACGAAAGAUAUACACGUACCGGAGAAAUUGGCCGAGAUGACGCGACGACAACUCAGGGCGCACGUGCGAGAGUUGUUCGCGCGAGCGUGCGGGAGCGCGCGGGAGGCGCUCGCGGGAAACGCGGGAAACGGGGAAGAAUCGAGGGCGCAAACGACGCCACGAACGGUCGAGGAAGAGAUUGAAAAACUGAUCGAGACGCAGAAAAGAAUUGUUGCAGAAGAUUGGAUAUUGAUUCCGAGCGAUUCGCGCGCGCGCGACGGUGCCGGUGACGAUGAAACGCACGAAGAAAGGCGCGGAAGCGCCGAAUCAGACGCGGUGCGCGGCGUCGGUUACAAGCUAGACGCGCUGAGCAUGGAUGAGCUGACGGCUUGUUUGGACGCAGCCGACGCAGAUGAAAGCGUUUUGAAGCGCAUUCGAGACGGCUUGAAGAAAUUUCAAACGACUGGAAAUUUAUCCGACGCGCCGAAGCUCGUCGACGUAAACGAGGAUGUUUCGUUGGGUCUACGCAUCACGCAAAUUAAAGUCAAGCUUUUCGAGCGCACAUGA